AUACCAUCUUCACUCGCAAGAUGCCCAAGACAGCAGCAGGUCCGUCUACAAAGAAAUCAAAAUCCAAGCUCUCCCAAAAGGGCGUUCCAAAACUGUACAGCAAUUUUCUCCCGCUCCCUAUCCUCAUCCCCGCCCCUAUCCCCAUCCCUUCGUCCUCUUCUUCGAAACCUAUCAGCGAGACCAAACAUUACCUCUACUGCCGUGCACACAAACCAAAAGCUAGUGCAGGUGCAGGUGCUAGCGCUUCAAAGGCAAAAGAGACGGAAGAAGAAUUACCGGAAGGACGGACGGUGUUUGUGGUGAACCUUCCGGUGGACGUGACGGACCGAGAGCUGAGGACAGUGUUUGGGAAAUACGGAGUGGUGGAGGAUGUUAGGAUUGGUAAGCGGGAGACUGGGGAUGUUUUGGAAGGUGUAGUCAGAGGAAUGGAGGUUGAUCAGUCUGAUGAGGAAUCUGAAGACGAUGAGGAUGAGGAUGAAGAGGAGGAUGAGGAUGUAGAGAUUGGGGAUAAAGGUGAUGGUGACGACCGACCUGAAGCUACAUUCAAAGGCGAUCUCUUGACCAAAAAGCAACGACGCGCUCUUCGUCGGCGCAACCUCCCCACUUCCAUCCCCGAGAUCGACUCUCUACCCGCGCUCUGUCCCCGCUCGACGCCAUACUUGCGAUCCGGUCUUUCCUCUGCCCACAUCAUCUUCCUUGACCCCAUCUCCGUGUCCCGUCUCUUCUCAUCCGCUCCCGAACCCGUAUCUUUGCCUAAAUACGGUAAAGGCGAACCUACAGGGUUGGCGUACUACACCGCUCUGUACAAAUCCCUUCGUCCUCCCUUGUCGGCUAUCAAGUCAUUCACCGACACCUCCAUGGCACGAUUCGACCAUCUCCAUUCCCUCCUCCUCUCUUCGCGUGCUAAAGAGCAGGGCGCGGGCGCGUUGGUGGAUGAAGAUGGGUUUACUGUGGUAGUGCGUUCUGGCAAGUAUGGACGGGCUGGUGCAAGAGGUGAUGGGUUUGGGAAAGGUGGUGUGGGUGUUGCCUCGAGAGGGUUUGAGAAGAAGAAGGGUAUAGGUGGGAAGGGCUCGCAGGCCUUGCCAGACUUUUAUAAAUUCCAAGCUUUGGAUAGGAAGAGGCAGGACCUUGCCGAGCUUCGUCAAAAGUUUGAACAUGACAAAGCCCGGGUGGAAGAACUCAAGAAAUCCCGCCGAUACAAACCAUACUAAGAAUGUGGCCCCGUUUGCUAUACCUUUUGAUAAUUAUGAAUGAUGGUUUUCGAAUGCAUGGGGUU